UUUCAGGAACUUGUACCACAAUAGUCCUUUUCAGGUGCUUUGCUUCAUUCGUAAAACUUUGUGGGAUGGGACAGAGAGACGCAAACAAUGUCCUCUAUAAUCUAUAACCUACGUUUUCCCAUUUUGUUCCUUCUACUUUUUCUUCCCACUGAAGCUUGUUAAGAUGGAAACAACAGCAUAGUUUACUAAUGCCAUCUGACUGGUCGCCUUGCUGCUAGUAGCUGACCAGCCUCGUCUGUAAGUUCUUUUCUUCUUGGUUGGCCAUCUAACAUCCUUUGAGUCAAGGUGGAGGAUUAAAGGAUAGAGCAAUAAUAUAUGAUAAAGCAAGGAUCAUUGUUACUAAAGCAAAGCAAUACUAACAAGCACUUGGGGAAUGCAUUUCUCUCUUGCGAGUUUAGGAAAAUAUUGGGAGCAAGGGUUUAUGGCAAAGGAAAUGUUUGCGUUAAUGUUCUAAGGUUGUAAGGCUGGACAAGGAAGAGUUCCUCUGCAGCGUUGCAAAUGCUGGCAGAAAGAAAGGACAGUGACUCGCCCCAGCAGUAGGGGUAUCCUGCAAAAACUUUAGAAUUGCCUGUUCUGCUCUUAAAGGCCAUGGCUGGUUCCCAGAUCCGCUGCCUGGAGAGUGAAGAGCCGUAUGUUAAGGUGACUGAGUCAAACCCUGAAUUUUAUUACUGUGAACGUCAGCGGUUGGCCCUGGAAGCUCUACUUGCCAAAGGCCAGGAAGCCUUCAGUCAAUGCCUUUCCCAUGAAAAGCUGCGUCCCUUUCUGUCAGACGGUGAAUUGCAGGAAUUAAAAGCAGCAGCAACUGCAGAUGAUUUGCAGGCUCCCCCUUCAGGCGGAGCAGGAACUUACAGCUUUGGAACGAAGGGAUCAAGUCUCAGCUACUGGCCUCAGCGUUCAGAUGAUCCACCUCCAGAUCUGGACCUAGGGUGGCCAGACAAGGGGGUUUGGAAGGGGAUUACCCGAGCAGAGGUCUAUACUCACCCACCAGGAGAAGGAGCACCACAUAUCAAGGAACUGGUACGCAGAUGUAUCCAACAAGCCAGCAAGGUGAUUGCUAUAGUCAUGGAUGUUUUCACAGAUCCCGAUAUUCUCUUAGACCUGUAUGAUGCAGCAAUCAGGCGGCGGGUACCGGUCUACCUUGUGCUAAACCAGCAGAAUCUUCCCUCCUUCCUUUCCAUGGCCGAGAAAACUUGCCUUAAUGUCCGUCACACAGAGAACCUGAGAGUCAGAACCCUCUGUGGUUGUACCUUCCAAAGCAGAUCCCAAAAACAGAUCACAGGAACCUUGAAGGAGAAGUUUCUCUUGGUUGAUGGAGAAGUGGCAAUCACUGGCAGCUAUAGCUUCACAUGGACCGAUGCUCGCUUGAACCGCCACCUGGUCACUCGCCUUACAGGAGAAGUGACUGAAGCAUUUGACCAGGAAUUCCGCACUUUGUAUGCUGCUUCCUGCCCCCUGCCAGCCCUGGAGACGCCCCCUCGCCCCCAGCUUGCUCCCAUGGCACAGCUACCAAGCACCAAUGGGCCAGAUGUGACCCCAUAUAUCAGCGUCUUGGAUGGGGUGCAGCUGUCCAAUCGAAUUGCAGAGCGGCGCUCAGUGGCCCCUCAACCUGUGGCCAAGAGCCGGGCAGGCGAGUGGGAACUAGUAUUAGCUUCACCAGCUACUGCUGAAGAUCCCAUGCUGCCCCCCUCCCCUCCCAAAGUAUCUCUCCGAAACCAACUUGCAGCAUGGCGGGGUGUGGACCAUUCUGGAGGGGGCCAACGGAGACCCUCUGAUGGGCCCAGUGCUCUUAGUGAUAUCUUCAGGAAUGUCCAACGAAGCCGACUCUCCGUUGCCAAAACGACCGGUGCCCGCCCUAGUAAGUCAUUAUGGGACCUCAGCUGUUUGAGCCAGCUGUCUGGGUCCAGUGCAACUGGCUGGGGACGAAAUGGGAUAGACUCUGCUGAAGAAGCUAAAAAGUGGGGCUAUCAAGGUACACCAGCAAAGGAGCUGAUGAAACACCGAGGGUCUGGCCAUGUCCCAGAAGAACCAAGAAUGCCUUUUUACAUGGCCCAUGGGCGCAUGACUCCAUCUCCUGGGUACACACCUCUAGGAAGACUACAAGGACAGCUAUACAAUAAACCUCCCAAUAUAGGUCUACCCAGGACUUGGGGACAUCUGGCAAGACCCCAAUAUGGGCAUCAGCCACGGUUUUGAAGUAUCUUUGAAGUGGGGGGAAAAAGAGAGAUUGGAGGUUAACACAGAAGCAGCAGGAAGCUUUAGAGACAGAUACAAUUAUUCUGCAAGGAAGAAUGGAAGUUGAUUACACAACCUGG